AUGAGCCGCCUCAUCAGCACGAUCGGCAGCGGCGUCCGCUCACCGAUGGCGUCCGCGGCCAUCGCCGCCGGCGGCGGCACACAUAAGCGCCCGCGAUGGCCCAGUGUGCGCAUGGGAAGGACAAGAGUCAGGGGUUGUUGCAGCUGCAGCUGUAGCGGCACCAAGACGGAGGCAGAACGUGGGGACACGAGGCUCGUGGUGAUCGUGGGGGCAACGGGCACCGGCAAGACCAAGCUGUCCAUCGACGCGGCCCUAGAGCUCGAUGGCGAGGUGGUGAACGCCGACAAGAUCCAGCUUUACCGCGGCCUCGACGUCACCACCAACAAGGUGAUGCCCGCCGACCGCCGCGGCGUCUUCCACCACCUCCUCGGCGCCAUCCGCGCCAACACCGGCGAGCUGCCCGCCUCCUCGUUCCGCUCGCUCGCCGCCGCCACGGCGGCCGACAUCGCGGCCCGCGGGCGCGUGCCAGUGGUGGCCGGCGGGUCCAACUCCCUCAUCCACGCCUUCCUCGCCGAGCGAUUUGACGACCACGCCCCUCGGGACCCAUUCGCCGCUGCGGCGACCGGAUACCGGCCGGCGCUCAGGUUCCCCUGCUGUCUCCUCUGGGUCGAUGUCGACGAGGCAGUUCUGGACGAAUACCUCGAUCGGCGCGUCGACGAUAUGCUGGGUGAGGGCAUGGUCGAGGAGCUCCGCGAAUACUUCGCGACAACGUCGGCCUCCGAGCGGGCCUCGCACGCCGGGCUGCGCAAGGCCAUCGGAGUACCGGAGAUCGGAGACUACUUCGCCGGGCGCAAGAGCCUCGCCGCCGCAGUAGACGAGAUCAAGGCGAACACGCGGGUGCUCGCGGCGGCGCAGGUCGGCAAGAUCCGGCGCAUGGCAGACGGCUGGGGCUGGCCCGUUCGGCGCCUCGACGCCACCGGCACCGUCCUUGCGCGGCUCGCGGGCGCCGGGCGCGACGCCGAGGCCGCGGCGUGGCAUCGCGACGUGCGCCGGCCGGGCCUCGCCGCCAUGCGGCAGUUCCUACGCAGCCAAGGACUGUCCAGAGACGACGACGCCGACGAAGAGGACGGAGUAGUGACACGGAGACAAUGCCAUGGCAUGGUGGGGUAA